AUGACAAAAUCUCUCAGUGCAAAGGGAAAAACUGGUUAUAUUGACGUCACUGUGAAGAAGCCGACUAAUCCAUCAGAUCUCCCGCACUGGACGAGAUGCGAUGCCUUAGUUGGCAGUUGGAUCAGUAAUUUUGUGGAUUUAGAAAUCAGAUCAAGCGCCAUGAACUUUCCCUCUACUCAUGAGCAGUGGCUGGAAAUCAAAUCGCGUUUUUCUCCUCAUAACGCCUCUAAGUUGUAUGCUUUGAAGCAGUCCAUUGCUAUUCUGAAACAGGAGAACUUAAGUGUUGCAAUGUAUGAUACUCGACUCAAGUCACUGUGGGACCAAUUGGAUACUUUUAGGCCAAUUGAACCAUUUAUCUGCAAUGCUGGAAAGAACUAUGUGGAUCAUCACAAUCAGGACAGAUCCAUGAGUUCUUGCAGGGUUUACAUGAUCGCUUUUCUGCUCUGCGUAAUCAAAUACUGCUCAUGGAACCCAUGCCAUCACCUGCCAAAAUUUACAAUCAUGUUCGACAAGAAGAAGAACAACAGUGAUCAGCGCAACCCUAGGGUUUUUCCAAGCAAUGGUACCAACAAGCGACAACGCCCUUUCUGCGAUCAUUGCAAUAAACAUGGACACACAAGGCAGACCUGCUGGAAAAUCAAUGAGUAUCCGAAGGAUUUGGCAAAGCAACGGAAUCUGGAUUCUCAUACCAUUGUUGUUGUGCAUCAACCGGCUAUACAUCAACCAGCUACUGCUGCACCUGCCAUCAGUGCUGCACAAAUAUGCACGGCUUCUCUCCCUGUUGGAACCUGA